AGGUAUUAUACUCCAUAUAGUACUCCAGGGGACUAUUUGUUUAUCCAUCUGUUCGCAGUUAAAUAGUUGACUUGCAUCGAGCAUCUUUUCCUCAUUUCAAUCACUUGUCUGUCAGUUUCUUUCUCAACCCGCUGCUACAACAUUCUUUCACUUUUUACCUAAAUCAUUUUACCAUGAAGCCAUUCUUCUUCCUCGUCGCCUCGCUGGUCGCAGCGGUUCCGGUUAUCGAUGAACGUGCCAUCGCCAGCAUUGACGACCUUUUCGUGGCCAAGGGCAAGACGUAUUACGGCACCAUCACGGACCCUACCCUUCUCAGCAAUUCGCAGAAUGCUGCGGUGAUCAAAGGCUCCUUUGGUCAGCUCACCUGCGAGAACAGCAUGAAGUGGGAUGCUACCGAGGGAACUCGAGGCCAGUUUACAUUUACCAAUGCCGAUACUGUAGUCAACUUUGCCCAAAGCAACGGCAUACUUAUGCGAGGACAUACACUUCUCUGGCACUCCCAACUCCCGAGCUGGGUCAUGAGCAUUACAAAUACCGCUGAGCUUAAAUCAGUCAUUGAAAACCACAUUACUACUGUAGUUAAGCACUUCAAGGGCAAAAUCUAUGCAUGGGAUGUUGUGAAUGAGAUCUUCGCUGAGGACGGCAGCCUGCGUGACUCAGUCUUUUCCAGGGUCUUGGGCGAAGAGUUUGUCUCCAUCGCCUUCAAGGCUGCCCGUGCCGCUGAUCCGAAUGCGAAAUUGUACAUCAAUGAUUACAACCUUGACAGCGCAACCUACGGCAAGGUCGCCAACGGCAUCGUCCCUAAGGUCAAGAAAUGGAUCGCGGCUGGUGUUCCCAUCGACGGCAUUGGCUCCCAGAGCCACCUUAGCGCCGGCGGUUCUAGUGGCACCCAAGCUGCUCUUCAGGCCCUCGCUAGCUCUGGCGUCUCUGAGGUUGCUGUCACUGAGCUCGAUAUCGCUAACGCUCCCUCUGCGGAUUAUGUUGCUGUUACCAAGGCUUGUCUUAAUGUGCCGAAGUGCGUUGGUAUCACCGUUUGGGGUGUGCGAGACGCUGACUCCUGGAGGACUGGCGCAAACCCGCUUCUCUUCGACAACAGCUACCAGCCCAAGGCUGCAUACUAUGCUAUUGCCAAUGCUCUCUCGUAAUUUACGAAUACUUAGAUCUUUGUCUUGAAUUUUAUUAGCAAAGAGAGUGGCUGAAGGUUAUCUCAGCCCUCCAGACCGUGUAUUCUACAUUAUGAAUCAAGACUUUGGGGAACCUGAAAUUGAUUGGAGGUAAACAAUACGCCAACUUGGCAUAUGGUAUUGUGUCGGGGGCAGGCUGACAGGGAGGUCCGGAUAAGGUGCUGUCGUUUCUGUGUUUUCAUUGGCGGGGCCCGUUUUCAACAAUUGGGUCAUACUGGUCUGAGGUUUAAAAGAGGGUCUCAACACCGACGAGUUUCGUCGGGACAAGAACAAUAACACUACCUUUACAGGAGAAUUUGAUAGAUUGAGGGUUCGAUUUUGUAGCCAUUUUUGAUGCGAAC